AUGCAUGAUGAGUAUUUUUCUGAUAUUAAGGCAUUUUGGGCUAUCAAACAACUGAAUUUUGAUCUGUCUAAUGCUGGUACUUAUAGAGGACUCCAACUAGCAGAGUUAGAGGAGAUUAGGAAUGAUGCCUAUGAUAAUGCUAGGAUUUAUAAGGCGAAAAUCAAUUGCAAGUUGAGAUCCCAUUGGGAUGGUCCUUAUAUUGUGCAGACUAUUUUUUCUCAUGGUGCUGUUGAGGUUUUGAACCCUAGCAUCAGUGUAAUUUUCAAGGUCAAUGGUCAGAGUCUAAAGCCAUUCUUUGAGCUUCCUACUGCUACUAGUGAAGAGGUCAUGGAUCUCGACGAACCUCUUUACACAAAUGACUGA